AUGGUUCUGGAUAUUGAUUUGUUUCGAGAAGAGAAAGGCGGUGAUCCGGAAUUGAUACGAGAUUCACAACGAAAACGGUAUAAGGAUGUUAAACUUGUUGACGAUGUUAUUGAUUAUGAUCGACGAUGGAGAAAAGAUCGGUUCUCGGCCGACAAUUUCAACAGGCUAAUCAAUUUAUGCAGCAAAGUCAUUGGAGAUAAAAUGAAGAAAAAAGGAUCAAUCGGAAAUGAUAAUACGGUACCAACCGAUUAUAUGGAACGGCUAGAUGUGCUUAGUAUUGAUGACAUACAGAUUUUAAACAUACUGCAAAUUAAAAAACUAAAAAGCAUGAUUGAUGAGAAGCUCGUGGAAAAAAAGGCAGAAAUGGAGAAGCUUGAAACAAAACGCCACGAAAAACUUAUUCAAAUAGGCAACAUUAUACAUCCCUCGGUACCCGUCAGUGAUAACGAAGACAAUAAUAGAGUGGAGAAGAUUUUUGGUGAUGUUAAAACUAAGAAGAAAUAUUCACAUAUAGAUCUUUGUGUAAUGGUUGAUGGGUUUGAUGGCGACCGUGGAACUUCUGUCGCGGGUGGCCGCGGUUAUUUUUUGAAAGGUCCAUUAGUUUUUCUGGAACAAGCAAUUAUUAAUCUUGCUUUACAAAUGCUACAUUCCAAAGGCUUCGUCGCACUUUACACUCCAUUCUUCAUGCGGAAAGAAGUGAUGCACGAAGUAGCACAGCUUAGUCAGUUCGAUCAAGAGCUGUACAAGGUUACUGGGAAAGGUUCUGAAGUAAUUGGAGACGAAACCAAUGACGAGAAAUAUCUCAUAGCCACAUCCGAACAGCCAAUUGCAGCUUAUCACCGAAACGAAUGGCUUGGUGAAACUGAUCUGCCAAUCAAGUAUGCUGGCAUAUCAUCUUGUUUCCGCCAAGAGGUUGGAAGUCAUGGCCGAGAUACUCGUGGUAUGUUCCGAGUACAUCAGUUUGAAAAAGUCGAGCAGUUUGUUCUAUGCUCUCCACAUGAUGAUAGAAGCUGGAAAAUGCUUAAUGAGAUGGUUGCAAAUGCCGAAGAUUUCUAUGAAGCACUUGGUAUACCAUUUCGAAUUGUAUGCAUUGUUUCGGGAGAAUUAAAUAAUGCUGCUGCAAAGAAGCUUGAUUUAGAAGCGUGGUUCCCGGGCAGUGGUGCAUUCAGAGAAUUAGUUUCUUGUUCGAACUGUACCGACUAUCAAGCUCGACGUUUGAAGGUUCGUUAUGGAAGAACGAAGAAAUUAGAUAGUGAAGUACCGUAUGUACACAUGUUGAACGGUACAAUGUGUGCAACUACGCGUGUAUUAUGUGCGCUACUGGAAAAUUAUCAAGAAGAGUACGGUAUACGUGUGCCGGAAGUUCUAAAACAGUUUAUGCCACAUGCAUAUAAAGAGCUAAUACCAUUCGUUCAAGAAGCACCCAUCGAAAUUAAUUAG